AACCUCCCUGCAAUUACUCAAAUUCCAUAUCAGAUGACUCGGUUCAUUAACGUUCUACUCGUGUUGUCGCUCUCUCUUAGUUUAUUUUUGCUCCCUCAGACAUCAUCCGCUCAACUAAGACGAAAUUACUAUGCUAAGACUUGUCCCAACGUAGAAUCCAUUGUUAGAAAUGCAGUUACUCAGAAAUUAAGACAAACUUUUGUCACUGCCCCUGCAACCCUUCGUCUCUUCUUCCAUGAUUGCUUUGUCCAGGGAUGUGAUGCUUCGGUAAUCAUUCAAUCCACAGGUGGCAAUACAGCGGAGAAGGACCACCCCGAUAACCUGUCAUUAGCCGGAGACGGAUUCGACACAGUGAUCAAAGCAAAACAAGCUGUGGACGCGGUUCCUGGUUGCAGAAACAAGGUUUCUUGUGCUGAUAUAUUGGCAAUGGCAACUCGGGAUGUUAUUGCUCUGUCAGGUGGACCAUCUUAUGCUGUUGAAUUGGGGAGAUUGGAUGGGUUAAGGUCCACAGCUGGUAGUGUCAAUGGAAAGCUGCCUCAACCUUCUUUCAACUUGAAUCAACUCAAUUCUUUGUUUGCAGCCCAUGGACUCUCCCAAACAGACAUGGUUGCUCUUUCAGGUGCACACAGCGUCGGAUUCUCCCAUUGCAGUAAGUUUUCAAACAGGAUAUACAACUUCAGCCGUCAAAACCCGGUGGACCCGACACUCAACCGGGCGUAUGCGACCCAACUUAAACAGAUGUGUCCCAGGAAUGUUGAUCCCCGGGUAGCCAUCAACAUGGACCCGAACACACCCAGGACUUUCGACAAUGUUUACUUCAAGAACUUGCAGCAAGGCAAGGGUCUGUUUACCUCCGACCAGGUUUUAUUCACGGACCGGAGGUCUAAGCCUCUCGUAAAUGCCUGGGCCACCAAUUCAAAUGCUUUUAACAAAGCGUUUAUCACUGCCAUUACUAAGCUCGGCCGUGUAGGUGUUAAGACGGGGAGGAACGGGAACAUCCGUACAAGGUGUGAUGCUUUUAACUGAUAAUGUUUCUCAGAGGUAUUGAACUGUUGGUAGAUAAUUUUUCAGGUUCUGGGACAAGUAUUGUUUAGCUUCUGAUGAGAUUACUUGGCACUGUAAUAAGUUAGAUAAGGGGUUUCCUUUAAAUUUUCAUAAAAGUCGAGGAAUAAAAGUGACGGGGUGACGACAACAAAUCAACGUUGCUUGACCUAGGAUGUCACUAUCCGAACAUAAAUACAAGAUAUAAUCUUCCUAAAACGAAUCAACCUCAAAGCAUGCCAGAUGAACCUUAGCCAUUCAAACUGAAUCACUGACAGAUAAACAAUGCACUCAUAGUGACUUUACAUGCUAAUCGAUCUGAGCUAUGGAAAAGUAAACGAUAUGUAAAUCUAUGAGCAGAGCUAGACAUGUAAAGUGCAUGAAUGAAUCGUUGCCUAUAGAAAUAUGCACACCAUAAGACUACCUAGUUUGAGAUA